CAAUUAUUCAUUAACAAAAUGCUGAAAUUCCGGAAAUUAUUUCCACAAUCUUGCUCGAUUAUAGGAAUGGUGCACGUGGAAGCGCUGCCUGGUACACCAAAAUAUGAAGGCUGCGUCGAAAAGAUUGUAAAAAAUGCAAUAAAAGAAGCGUUAAUAUAUGCUGAAUGUUGCGUGGAUGGUAUUUUGCUUGAAAAUAUGCAUGAUAUCCCUUACGUUAAGCAACGGGACACGUCGAUGGAGAUUACAGCUAUGAUGACUAGAAUUUGCGCAGAAAUUAGGAAAAUCACACCACAAAAUAUUGCAUGCGGCGUACAGAUACUCGCAGGAUGCAACAAAGAAGCGAUCGCGGUUGCCAAAGCUGCAGGAUUGCAGUUUAUCAGAGCCGAAGGGUUCAUCUUCUCUCAUGUGGCUGAUGAAGGUUUGAUUGACGCAAGCGCUGGAACUUUAUUGAGAUAUAGAAGACAAAUUGACGCGAAUGACGUACUCAUUUUUGCUGAUGUUAAAAAAAAACACAGUGCGCACGCGAUCACUUCCGACGUGAGCUUGUUGCAGACGGUAAAAGCUGCAGAAUUUUUUCUAGCGGACGGCGUUAUACUAACGGGCAAUGCAACUGGCGAAGAAGUAAACGUAAAGGAUCUUGGAGAAGUGCGGAAGCACAUCGCAGCGAGGCUGCCCGUGUUAAUUGGUUCGGGCGUGACGUUGGACAACGUGGACAAUUACGUGGAUGCGGCUGAUGCAUUGAUUGUAGGAUCGCACUUGAAGACGGCCGGCCGAUGGGAGAACGCGCUCGAUCCAGAAAGAGUUCGAGCCCUUGUCGGAUAUUUGAAAACUCGACGGCAAUGAGACGGUUAUGUUAUGAUUGUAGCGAGCGAGUGAGAGAGUUGAGAGAGCUAUCUACCAGCCGGAGCAACAGCUACCUACGAGGAACUGUUCGACCAGCUGAGCGAAUUCCCAUCUUCGCAAUCAACUCUACCGUCAGAGCUGAGUAACUGCGCAUUCGCGAAGCGGUGCCUCGAGAUUCGCACACUGUGAAGUCGCAUCAAGUAUAAAAACAAUAUCAUUCUAAAAGAAAAUUAUUUAUCAAUCGCGAGAAUUAUUGAGGAAAUUGUACAAACUUUCCACAACAAUUUCUGUAUUAAUUGUUAAGAGUUACGAUUAAGCAUCCUACCAUUGUCCUUUCUCCUAUACUACAUUCGCCUAUACUACACCGCUUUUCUGCUUCAAGGGGAAUUUUCCUUCCACCUCAUUCCACUUUCCUCUACAUAUAUUUCAAGAUCCCCUCUUCGCUACUCCUCAUACAAUCAACUCACUCGCUUUCGCCUCACUCCUUCUCGUGCCUCUCUUUUUCUCUCAAACCCCUCACUAUGACUUCUCCCCUCUCGUCUCACCACCACGUUCACUACGAAUCUCUCCCCUUCCGUUUCACCAUCCUUGUCGCCAACUGCUUUUCACCCCCGCAUCGCCCUCGUCCUCGGGCUUUACGGGUCGCCCAGCCAGCCAGCCAGCCAACAGUCGAAAUCAGCUGACGGCGAGCAGUUGUUACCACGGCUCCUCAAACACAAGACAACGCGUCGUUGAAGAAAAGACGCUGCGACAUAACUGAUAAAGACGUCAAUGACGAUAGAUUUUUUUCUGGUUAUUUUAUUAUAUAAUCAUUCACAUUUGUCAUAAUUUUGGAAAUGAGUUACGAGACGGAUGACAUGUUAAAGAAAUUCGGAUAAGAAGAAAAACUACACCUGUUAACUGCAAAACGAGUGAUGAUUUUUUGUGGUUGCAUUGUUACGUUUUACUUGUGUCAAAGCUGCGUUGUGAUACACGGAUGUGCAGAAAAGUGAGGGAAAUUCGGAUGAGAAAGGAAAAUGAGGUGAUUCUGCGCAAGAAGGUAAAGCGAAACUGACUGAGAUAGUCUGACGAAGAAUUUGUUUACCUUCUUUAUCGCGUAGCGAGCUAUUUUACGACGAUCAAUAUGUGUGCGUGCGUACGUACGUGCGCGAGCUCGCGCGCGCGCGUGCGCGCGUGUGGGUGUGUGACGAGUGCGCGCGCGCGUAAUGUGUGUAGUGUAUGAUGGAAUUAAGGAAAUUUUAGAAACAGAAGAGGGAAAUGAUGGAUUUAGAGCAUCGGACGUAAGGAAGGCUGUCACAAAAACGUUUUCGUAAAUUUUUGUAAAAUUAUUAUUUUCUUAAUGGAAUUGUUUAUACUCUGAUUUUACAAGAAAACAUGACAAACAUUGGAAAUUAGAACAAUAAUUUUGCAGUCUCGACGAAAUUUAUUUAUCAAAAUUUGCUAAAGAAAUACGAAGAACGUUGGAAAAAGACAUCAAUCGAAACAAAUUAUACAAGACUAUUUAUCUAAUUCUUAGAUUUUCUUAUUGUUAUCAUGCAAAAUAUUUUUAUAACUUUAUAAAAUUUAUCUACAAAAUUUUGAACAAAGAACGAACAGGAAAAAUGUAGAAAACAAAACAACUUUGAUUUCGAAACUCAAAUUGCGCUUUGUAAAUUGAUUUAAUUGCUGCAUUUAUGGUAGGUAUUUUUCUUUGUAAAAGAGAAAUUUUUAUAUUAAACAUUUCAAACAAUUGAAAACACAAACGAAUUAAAAGGACACCAGUACAAUAGAAAUAGCAAUUUCAGCAAUUUCAGCUGGAAUUCGUCAAUUACACAUUCAGUUGCUUGUUAUUGCGCAAUUUAUUUAUUAUAAUUAAAGAGAUUCUUGUGUUAAUUGUGUAUUUGCCUGGACGGCCUAACGUACUAUACAAAAUAUAUCUCGAGAAUCGCGAACAAAUUUAGUUACGCUUUAACUUCUCGGAUUCUAGCGUUAGCCGAGUGCUUAGUGCCCAGAAUGAUGUAAGUCAUUUAACCAAUUGUGGAAUAAGCCAGAAUGAUGUCAUGGCAAAAAUAAAUUAUACAAACUUCUCUUUAAUUCUUUCGUCUGUGAAAAUUACUCAAACAUGGCUAUUAAUCAGUUAGUAAUUAUUGUUGAUAAAACGCCCCGAUUUGACAUAUUUAUACAAAAUGUUCCACUGUCAUAUUAAUUAUGACAUUUUUUUGACGAGUUACAUUGUAGAACCUGUUUAUAUUUAUUGAAAAUCUAAUUUUAUUUAUUAUUUAGUAAAUCGUUACUUGUUACAUU